AUGACCUUAUCUACGGUCCUGGAUAGCACAACUUCCAAUCAGUCUUAUGACUAUUCUUCGUCGCUGAGGGCAAACAAGCGGGCGGUCUCAUCUCUUCGGUGGUUUCCAAAACUUACACCAUAUCGAUUGGUGGUCCUCUCGACGACAAUAGGCUUAGGAACCGCCAAAGCUAUUUCAAGUUAUAUCGGAUAUGACACUAUAUCCAUAACAUUGGAAUGGAUAUCGGGAGUUGUGCUGUUUCUAGUGCUUCAUUUAUCGGGACACUAUGACUCUCCCAGCAGCAAACCGGCGUCCAAGUUCCUGCGAUGGAUCUUUGAUAUUGACUGCCUGGACUUGCUCUGGAAAGUGCUCAGCCUCGUGUGUGUUCCUCGCCCCAACUACCUGUCGGAUGAACUUCCAAUGCCCGAGAAAAGCGAGCUCUACGGAUAUCGCGUCCAGGUCACCUACUACCGCCUCCUCGUCUCAGGCACUAUAUUCAGUUUCGGAGUAGGCAAGGCCUCUUUGGUGUAUCUCGAUUACCCUUCUACUGCGAAUUGGGUUGAUUGGACGCUGGCAGUUGUGCUCACAUCUUUCCUCUAUGUGCUCGGAUUAUACGAGAUGAACUCUCUUGGAAGAUGGUCGUGGUCCUUCGUCCAGGACCGCCGCUAUCUCUUUGCAUCAGGGUCAUCAGCAACACCAUAUUGUGCCGGCGUCGUCGCCUGCCUCGUCUGGACCGCUUUCUUCCAAUAUGCACUCCUAACAUACUGGAAUGACCCAGGAUGGGGCAAUCCGCCAGUCUCUGGCCCCGCUUACGCGUUUGGUGUAUCCCUGAAGCUAGUCGUUGGAAUGUUCAUCGUCGUAUGCAUCCUAGCCGGCAUUUUUGCCUUUAUUCUGCUCGUCAAACUGCUUCCAGCCCCUUUUGCAGUCCCGCAACGCGCACAAUCAUUGGUGCAAACGUUGGCGGCGAAGGUGUUCGAAGCGCUUCUUGUCGUGUCACCCAAACAUUUCCAGGCCAAUCGUUGGUGCCGGUAUAUCUUCGAGAAGAACGACCUUCCAGCGCCCUACAAACAACCCUUCAUUGUCCAUUUCUCCAUCUGGAUGCUCAUCGCCUUAUUUGCAGCCUCUGCUCCUCCUCUCGCAUAUUUGACGUACAAGACACUUAAGUCGUUCCUUACGCCAGUGUUCUUGUACGGCACCCCUGGCUUUGAAAACAGUCUAACCACCCCGUAG